CAAUAUUGAAUUUGUACAAGAAAAGCCUAGAUGAUGAACCUACUCUUAAAACUGUCCAACUUGUAUCCAAAAUAGCGAUGACAUUAGGUGUUGCAAAAUCAACAGUAUAUCGAGCCAUAAAACAGUAUAAAUCUACUGGAAGGGUGUCUACUUCCAAACACUGUGGUGGAAGACCUGGGAUUGUUACAUGUUUGGAUGAAGCAAUGAAGAAUUCCAUAAGGCGUAUAGUACACAGCUUUUUCUUUAAAAAUGAGAUCCCCACUUUGGACAAAAUAUUAACCGAAAUAAAAAGUCGUCAGGAUUUGCCACAGAUGUCCCGUUCAUCAUUAUACAAAUUUAUGAAACAAAUUAAUUUCAAAUACUUAAAACGAAGUCGUAAAAGUGUGUUGAUAGAACGUGAUGAUAUAGUGAGAUGGAGACUUGACUACUUGAUAUCAAUUAAAAAGUUUAGAUCUGAAGGUAGACCUAUUUAUUAUUUAGAUGAAACAUGGUUAAAUGAAGGUCAUACAAAAGAAAGGGACGUAAGGGAACUACUAAUAGAGGCUCUUAAUAAUGUUACAAAUAUGAACUGGAAAAAAUGUGUAGAACAUGUGAUUAAGGAGGAAGAAAAAAUGGGAACACUUGACGGAAUUAUGGACGAUCUCAUUGAACCUUUAAUUAUAUCAAUUAAUAAUAGCGAGAGCGAUAUGGAUACUGACUCGUCGAAUAAUUCAGAAAAUUGUUAAAGACAUGAUUUGUCCCUAAUUUUUACCAAUAAUAUUAUAAAUUAUAAAAACUUAUUUUGUUACUUUGAACACCUGCAGAUGAUAUAUUACGAACGUAGUUCAGUUAUCAGUUAUUUGGCAAUUAUCCGGUAACUUAAUAAACGUAGUUCGUAGAAAUGCAACAAUUCAAAGUAACAAAAACACCAUUAUAUAAUUACUCCAAUGCUAGAUGUAAAAAUGUGAAUCAAUAAAAUUGUUUUUAAAAAGUGAAAA